ACGCAACCUGCCUUCUUUCCUCAAAUACCGCGGGUGCUGACCACAAGCUUGUUCCUGUGUUUCCUUCUUCCUCCCCAUGUCUUCCGCACUCUCUGUAGACCACACAAUUACAGACGAGCAUCCGCCCGUAAACGACCCGGAUGCAGCGGUCUUGACGGGUAAAAAGCUUGUGAUUGUGUUCAUUGCCAUGUUGUUGUCGCUCCUGCUCGUUGCUCUCGACCAGACGAUUCUCGCCACCGCGCUCCCACAUAUCGCCUCCGACUUCGACUCUUUCACCCUCCAGGGCUGGGUCUCUUCGUCCUUCGUCCUCGCGCAGACGGUCUUCCUGCUUUUCUACGGGCAGCUUCUCCGCAUCUGGCCUGCAAAAUGGGUUCUGUUCUGGGCCGUGGUUAUUUUCGAGCUUGGUUCGCUUGUGUGCGGACUAUCUCAGAACGUCGGGAUGCUUAUUGCUGGCCGAACCGUCUCUGGCGUUGGUGCCGCGGGAAUCUUCGUGGCACUUAACCAAGUCAUUAUCCAAUCGACGCGUCUCGAAGACCGGCCACGUCUCCUGGGUCUUUUUGGCGCCGUCUUCGGACUGUCCAGUGUUAUUGGCCCGCUCAUUGGAGGCGCCUUCACUGACCAUGUCACCUGGCGCUGGUGUUUCUUCAUCAACCUUCCACUGUGGGUGUCAUUCGAUGCCUUCCUAUCCUCUGCUCAUCUGUUAUCUAGUGGUGGUGUGUCUCUUUUGGGUGUCACAACCCUCCUCAAGUCAUCCCCGCCCCUGGGCUCGGACCCCUCUACGCGGUCAUGGUCCGAGCUCCUGCACCAGACUAUGCACAUGGACUUUAUUGGUGCAACACUGGUAGCAGGAGCUGUCACAUCUUUGGUACUGGCUCUCCAGUGGGGUGGAAACACCAAGAGUUGGGGCGAUAAGGAUGUCAUCAUUUGUUUUGUCUUUGCUGCCAUACUCACAGUUGUCUUCAUUCUCUGUGAGAUCCGUGCUGGUGACCGUGCCAUGACACCCACCACUAUCUUCAAAUCUCGUUCAGUCUACGCAAUUGUUCUGUACUGUCUCCUGUCCCGGUUCACUCUGCUUCUGUUCUCGUACUACAUCCCCAUUUUCUACCAAGCUGUCCACAAUCGCUCUGCCACCCAGUCCGGGAUUAGCCUGCUGCCUUUCAUGAUGGGUGUUGUCCUCACAUCAAUCCUUGGUGGUCAACUUGUGUCACGGUUUGGCUAUUAUUGGCCAUUCCUGGUCAUAUCACCUGUCCUCCUUGCACUUGGUUCUGGGCUUCUCUACACCCUCAAGACAAGCACAUCAUCUGCCACAAUCAUUGGUUUCCAGAUUCUGACUGGUGUUGGCACAGGGAUGGUCAUGCAGAACACACUGUUGUCUAUGCAGGUUGAGUUCAAAGACACACCCCAGAUAAUGAGCCAAGCUGUGUCAAUGGGGUCCUUUGGACAGUUCCUUGGUGGCACACUUGGUCUUGGUAUUGCAGAGCCAGUCUUUGCCUCAGAGCUGAGCAAGGCCCUAACCAAGUAUGCACCAGGUGCACCAGCCACCUCAGUUACCACCGCCAUCACGCGGUUCUCCCCCCGCGGGGUACCUACUGGGUACCCUCAGACGUCUUGCUGA